UGAAAUAGCAUGGUUCUCUCUCCCAAGACACGUUUCUUUCACCCCAUAAUGCGCCGCACUGCUCCAAGUUCAUCUAUCUCUCUUUUUUUUUUUUUCCAUCUUCAAAAUCUCACUUGGUAGCACAUCGAUCUUAGCCAGCAAAGGAAGUGGACGACCGGGCUAGUAGAUGAGGCGGAGCGCCGUUUACGCUACCGGAAGUGACGAAGAACCAUGGUCGUUGCAGGCAGAGUUUGGAUCUGAUGGAGGACCACGGUCCCGGAUUAUUGUUGACCAGUGACCACGUGCUGACUUCAGUUUUGGAUGAGGAUGCUGCUGGUAUUGGUCAAAGUCUAUACCCACUGCACCGUACUAAAACUCUUCAUCUGAUCUUUAAGCAGGUUUUUGAAGACUUUUGCCACAGUAAUGGAAUGAAGGCUAACUUAAGCAAGUCUCAAGUCUUCUUCAGUGGUAUCUCUGCUCAAGACAAACGCCAACUACAGCUUCUGUUAGAGUUAGAAGAGGGUUCCUUCCCCCUGAAAUACCUUGGAGUCCCAAUGAGACCCACUAAAUGGAAAGCGGCUGACUGCGGUGAAAUUCUUAAAAAGAUAAAGCUCAGACUUCAUACUUGGUCAAGUAGACAUCUAUCUUAUGCAGGGAGAGUUCAGCUCAUCACUUCUGUUCUUUUGGGGCUGAGAAAUUACUGGAUGAAUAUUUUUUUACUGCCUCAAAGUAUAAUCAAAGAAGUGGACAAGCUUUGCAUGUGGUUUCUUUGGGGUAAUGAUGGAACUAGGAGCAAAUUUCAUCUUACAUCCUGGUCUACGGUUUGUUUGCCUAAAGCUUUUGGUGGUUUGGGGUUUGGAGAAGGGUCUAAGUGGAAUAAGGCUUUGCUUGGUAAAUAUAUUUGGGCUAUUAGCCAUCAGCAGGAAGCAUUAUGGGUAAAGUGGGUUCAUGCAGUGUAUUUAAAGGGUCAAAACUUUUGGCAAUACCAUCUUAAGGAUGAUGCUAGUUGGUACUGGCGCAAAAUCUGUCAAUUACGUGAGAUGUUCUCUCAAGAGGAGAUUGAAAAGGCUGGUAGUAAUGGAAGGUUUAAAGUUAGACAGCUGUAUACUGGUCUGAUUCAGCUUAUCCCUGUCAAUUACAAGCAAUUUGUUUGGAACAGAGUGAGUGUUCCUAAGCAUAGGUUCAUCAUUUGGCUUGCAGUCAAUUCUAAAUUGCUAACUAGGGACCACUUACAAAGAGUGAUGCAGCUGGAAUCUUCUCUUUGCCCGGUCUGUGAUCAAGAGUUGGAGAGUCAUAGUCAUCUGCUCUUUGGGUGUUAUUUCUCUCAACAGGUUGUUCUAAAGAUUCAUGACUGGUUUGGCUGUUCUUGGCCUCUUAUAUACUCAGACUGGUGCAGAUGGAUUGGUGGUAUGAGUAAGGGGGUUAGAGCUUCAAAUGUGGCCGCUGUGUUAUCUGCUACGGUCUACUAUGUGUGGCAUAACAGAAACAUUUGUGUUGUUCAUAAUUACUUUCUUAGUAUUAUGGCUGUAGUUGAGUUGAUAAAAAAUGCCAUUAAGUGUAGACUGAGUGCGUUUUACUCUGAUGAUGUUGUAAAGUUGUGAGUUUUUUAGUGUUGUUUUUGUGAGCUGGUUUAUUCCAGUGGGUUUGUGUUGGCUGUAGCUUGGUUGCUUUGUGCUGUGAUCAAUAAAAAUUAUUUUUUCUUGAUCAGAAAAUUAGCAA